AUGGAUCUUACGUGCUUACCUUUGGAAAUCACAGCUCGUAUAGCAUAUCUAUUACCAGCCCAAGACAAAGCUCAAUGCUCGUUAACUUGCAGAAGCCAACAGCUUUCUAAAGGAUGUAUUAACAAAGAGAUUGGCUGGGGUGUGUGGAAAUACCUGGAAAGCUUGGAUAUUCAGUUUGACAAAACAGACGGUCUUGCAGCAAAGAAUAAUAUUUUUGCCACAUUCUCCCAUCUUCCUCGUUUGAUAAAUUUAAAAACUGGCAAAUGUAUUGAAAUGCAACUCAUACCAUUUACCAUGGAAGAUAUGGACUUUAUUCACCAAACGGUCGAAAUGCGACUAUUUCAUAUCAACACCGAUCUUAUUGACUACAAGUGGGUGGGAUAUUUUGCUUGCAAGUACCCAUAUCUACGCAUGUGGAACUCUUAUUCACACAAAUCUUGUGCUGAUGUAAAUAUUACCGCCGGCGAUUCAGACUGCAAUCAGCAGACCCGUCAUUUCAUUUCUCUUAUAAGACAAAGUAUCGAUGUGUUUAAGUUAUUGGAAACGGUACACACGCACUGUAAAAACUGCUUUCAAGGGAAUCCUUUCACCUUUUGGGAAUUUCUCGAUCCCAAAACUACGCCACUUAAGACCAUCAAAUGUCUAGUUGACGAAUAUAAUGGACUCGGAUCACAAAUAGAAUUCUUUGAAAAUUAUGUGAAUCCCUUUUCUGGAACCCUCAAAAAGAUUGAUAUAAUUUUAAAUACUGAUACCAAGGAUAUUUCCAAUCAUCUGUCAUUCUCUAAAAUAAUAAAUGUUUUCCCUUCUUUGACGAAGGCAAACAUCAACUUUAGUGGUGCAACUCUAGACAUUGCCAUUGUUCUCGACAACUGCCUUACUUUGAAAAGCUUAAAGGUUUCCUCAUGUAUGAUUAGUACAGAAUUAAACCAAUUCAGACUUUCAUCAUCGCACGGUUUACGAUUUCUACACGCCUAUCACUCAAAAGUCACCACCAACGUCCUUCAUUAUAUCUCUCUUCGUUGCAGACGUUUAAAUUACAUGAAACUAGACACAACAGAAAUAAUAGGAGCCAUAGUUCCGACUACUGGAGAUAUGCGUAUCAAUAUGGCUUACAGCCACUUCACUGCUCUCUGUUUAUGCAACAAAAACAAUAUAAACCGCGCUUGGUUUUUCCUGACCUACUUCCAAAAAAUAAACGAGCCUGAGUCUUCUACCUUUGCAUAUCCACUAUCAAAAAGAAGAUGCAUCCAAGUCAGCAAAUAUUUUCAUCGUUUCAAGCACACAGAGGACUUUUCACACAUGGCUUGGAUUUCUUCCUACAGUAGUUUUAAUAACCCAAGUCGUGAACAUUUCUGGAAAAAGAAUUUCUUUCGAGGCUAUGUCUCAUUUGAAUCUUUGAGUUCACAGGCAGAGAUUACUGUAAUCACCAAGUUUGGUGUUCAAGUCUUUUAA